CAAAGUACCAGUAGAGGUGUUCCUGCGAGCGAAAUGACUUUGCCUCUGCCUCUUUACAUUGUUCUGUUUUCAAUCCAAGUUGUCUCACCAAUUCAUGAUGCGGCUGUCAGAAAACUUGAAAGAGAUGGGUGCAUCUGAUUUGUCCAACCUAACCCUUCACCUGGAGGGGUCACUGACUAGUGCUCUGGGUCAAUACCUGGACAACUGGCGGCGUAACAUGACAGCUGCAAGCAACGCUUUGGAUAAGACUCUGGCUGAGGAGAACUUCAAGAACGUCAUCUGGUAUCUGGCGUUGAUGAUUGGCAUGUUUGCCUUUAUUGUUGUGGCCAUGCUGGUGAGCACAGUCAAAUCCAAGAGGAGAGAGCACUCUAAUGACCCCUACCACCAAUACAUCAAAGAUGACUGGACUGCCCAGAUACAACAGGGGGACGUUGUCACUAACUUUGUAGCUGGAUAAUGCAAGAGACACCUAACUCCCAGCAGAUCAUCAAUAUCAGUGGCAGCAGCAGCAGGACUAUUGAGAAAUAAUUUAUUACAAAUAAUUUGAAAUUAAUUUAAAGAAAAUGUAUCCAGUAAAUAAUUUAAUUAAAAAUGACAUAAUUCUAUUCAGUUGCUUCAGUUACAUGAUCCUCUUGUCAUUAAUGCUGGCUCUGAGUCAUUUUGUCAUGAUUUACUGGGACAAUUAAAUAUAACAGAGCCAUCUUUAAUGUAAGUAACACCUGGGACUUUCCUGUUAUGAUAACAUGUCUGCUGUAAAA